AUGCCCGUCCCCAUGUCCCAGCACGCCGUCCCCCCUCACUACAUGGCGGCCGCCCAUCAGCGCCCCAUGGCUCAUCCCAACGACGCGGCGCUCCGUCGCAGCCGCAAACCCACCGAUAAGAACAUGCCCGACGGCAUCGAGGACGUCAUCAUCGGUGAAGGUGUGCAGCAGUACAAGAGCCUGCGCGAGCUGGAGAAGCGCCUUGACGCCGCGAUCGUGCGCAAGCGUCUCGACAUCCAGGACUCGAUUAGCAAGACCGUCAAGAAGUACCGUACCAUGCGCAUCUGGAUCUCUAACACCGUCGAGUCCCAGCCCUGGCAGACCGGCCAGAACGGCGGCGCCGCCGCCCCGACCGCCCACCCCGGUUCCGGCCGGUACAAGGUGCGCAUCGAAGGCCGCCUCCUAGACGACGACAACACCGAUCCGACGAUGGCCGAGGACAGCGACGAGGAGGCUGCUGGCCAGGCAGAAGACGGAGCGCAGGCAAAUGGUGACGCGAUGGACCAGGACGGCGCGGAGGCCAAGAAGGCCGCGCCCAAGCGCGCGAAACAGCGCUUCUCGCACUUCUUCAAAUCCAUCACGGUCGACUUUGACAAGUCGUCGACGGUCAACCCGGAGGAUAUCAAGCCCGUCCAUUGGGUCAAGCCACAGCUCCCGCCGAAUACGGUCUCGCUGCCCCCGACCGCCGAUUUCGACUCGCUGCAGUUUUCGCGCGGUUCGCAGGAGAACCUCAACGUGACUGUUAGUCUGGUGCGCGAUGAGACCCCCGAGAGGUACAAGUUGAGCAAGGAGCUGGCCGAGGUGCUGGACGUGGAAGAGGAGACCCGCAGCGGAAUCGUCCUGGGUAUCUGGGACUACAUCCGUGCUAUGGGGCUGCAGGAGAACGAGGAGAAGCGGCUGGUACGGUGUGACCAUCGUCUGCGAGCGAUCUUCGGAAGGGACCAGAUGUUCUUCCCACAGAUUCCGGAGAGCAUCGGCCCCCACACGAGCCCGCUCGACCCCAUCAAGCUCCCCUACACCAUCCGCGUCGACGAGGAGUUCCACAAGGAUCCAACCCCGACCGUUUACGACAUCCAGGUCGCCGUGGAGGACCCGCUUCGCGCCCAGAUGCUCGCCCUGACCCAGAACCCGCAAUACACGGCCGACACUCCUUCUACACGGCCCUGA